GAAUAGCACAAAUCAGUUUGGAAGGUCAGAAAAUACCAGAAACAACCUAGGAAGAAACAAGAUCGAAAAGCAGAGUAAUGGCGGAUUACCAUUUUGUGUAUAAGGAUGUGGAAGGAGCAUCGACGCAGUGGGAUGAUAUACAGAGAAAGCUUGGGAAUUUACCAGAAAAACCACCUGCUUUCAAGCCACCGUCUUUUACUCCAGCUCCAGACGAAGAUUCCAUUCCUAAAGAUAAAUCUUGGAUUGAUAGCAAGAACGAAGAGGACCUCGAGGACCUCGAGGAUGAUCUCGAUGACGAUCGAUUUCUCGAAGAUUACAGGAAGAAGAGGUUGGCAGAGAUGAGGGAAGCAGUUAAAAUUUCUAGGUUUGGAUCAGUGCUUCCAAUUUCGGGGUCAGAUUUUGUGAGAGAAGUGUCUCAAGCUCCACCUGAUGUUUGGGUUGUUGUGGUUCUCUACAAGGAUGGAUACCAGGAAUGUGGAGUAUUGAUGCGAUGUCUGGAAGAAUUGGCAACUAGAUAUCCUGCUACAAAGUUCGUUAAGAUCAUAUCUACAGAUUGUAUACCAAACUACCCGGAUCGUAAUCUUCCCACUUUAUUGGUGUACAAUAAUGGUGCGGUGAAAGCAAAUUAUGUGGGUCUGCAGAGUUUUGGCCGGAGAUGUACCCCUGAAGGUGUUGCAUUAGUUCUUUGUCAAUCAGAUCCAGUACUAAAUGAUGGUCAGAAUGGAAGUGAUCCGUCGAGAGAAACUGUCAUGGAAGGAGUUCGGAGAAGGCUUAUAGAGAAGGUUGUGAAGGAGCACGAAGAUGAUGAUGAUGGAUCAUCAAGUGAUUAGAAUUUUAGUAGUUUCUAUUGGGUUUUUUUUUAAGAGGAAGAGGAGCAAAAUUGUAUUUUAUGCAACCAGAGCUGUGUUUUAUGUUUCUUUGGAUAUCUUAUUGCAUCUUGUACAAGUUGUUAGGUUAUUUGUUGGUGUUCAUUUGCUUAAGAUGCUCGUUUCAGUUCUCUUUUUUCUAUAUAUAUUUUUUCAUAAUUAUUAAUCCACUUGUUCACCUA